AUGUCGCUCCGCGUGGCUAUCAUCGGAGCCGGCCCUGCAGGCUGUCUACUAGCCCGGAUGUGUUACGUGAACAACAUCGCCUUCACAGUUUUCGAAGCCGAGCCGUCGCUAGACCACCGAAACCAAGGCGGCACUCUCGAUCUGCAUCCCAAGACCGGCAUCGCAGCCAUCAAAGCCGCGGGGCUCUACGAGGAAUUCCUCCAAGUGGCGCGCUUCGAGGGAUCAGCGCUGACAAUCUGCGACAAAAGCGCCCGGCCUUAUUUCCAGCUUCCGAGGCUCCUCGCUGCAAACCCCGAGGUGGACCGGCUUGAGCUGCGCCUGCUGUUGCUGCGCUCGAUUCCGGCCGAGAGCAUCUGCUGGAAUCACCGCCUGCGGCAGAUCGAUCACCAGGACGGGAGUCUCUGCUUUGAAGGCGGAGGAGCCGUUCAGCGCGGAUUCGAUCUUGUUGUCGGGGCCGACGGUGCCUGGAGCAGAGUGCGAGCGAGCCUGACGCCCACGGAGCCGACGUACUCUGGUAUUGCCGGGUACGAUUUGACCAUUCCCAACGCCAGAGAGGCCGCGCCGGACAGUGAUCGGCUCGUCGGUCGUGGGUCGUUGUUUGCCUUUUCGGGGGGUCAAUCGAUUAUUGGACAGCAGAUGGGCGAUGGAAGUAUCCAUGUCUCGGUUUGGUCACGCAGGGCUAAUGCCGCCUGGGCGAGAGAGAAGAGAAACCAGCAGCAGCAGCAGCAGCAGCAGCAGCAGCAGCCGAGCCGCGAUGAGAUUUGCGCUGAACACCCUGGCUGGACGCCGGAACUACUUGACCUGGUUCGACAUACAGAGGGGACGAUCAGAACUAGUGCCUUUUACAUGCUUCCAUUGGGGUUUCGAUGGCCGCAUCGCCGGGGAGUGACUCUCGUAGGAGAUGCAGCCCAUCUCAUGACGCCGUUUGCGGGGGAGGGGGUCAAUAUCGCGCUGGAUGAUGCGAAAAGGUUGGCGGACGUGAUCGUUGCUAAUGCGCGCGGGGGGGUCCGCCGUCAACUGGAUGGGGUUGCCCUCUAUGAGAAGGAGAUGUUCCGGCGAGCAGACAGGGCCCAGUCGCUGACUUACAACAUGAUGCAAUGCAUGUACUUUAGCCCCGGGGCGCCACGCGCCACGAUCGAGCGCUGGGUGAUUCUGAGGGCCUCCUACGACUGUAAUGCGGCGGUGGAGCCUUUGCUCCGCCCAUUCCUGGCUGCGGGAGUCUACGGCUUCUAUAUGAUCUUCAAACGGUUUGUCUGA